AUGUCAGAGCAAGGCGAGAGUAAAUCAUUGAUCGAUGAGCUCGAUUCCUUCAUCGACAUAGCUCGGGAAGUUGUGGAGGUAGCACCACCAGACGAGCCCGAUCGCAUCAUCUGGCUUCACGAGCUGGGAAACACUCUACGCCGCCGCUUCAGCGUUACUGGGGUACUCACUGAUCUCGAAGAUUCAAUCAAGGUCGGGCAAGAAGCAAUCGAUACCGCUCCGAAUGAUUACAUCCAUCGAGGCGCUCUCCUGGACAGCCUCGGUGUUUACUUGUCGAUCCGAUUCGCUCAAAUUGGAUCACUACCUGAUCUCGAACGAGCUAUUCAAGUCACACGGCAUGCAAUCGAUGUGGCAGCUGACUCAGAUGGUAAAGCCUUCCGGCUGACUCACUUGGCAAAUCACCUUGGGGAGCGCUACGAGAGAACAGGAUCUUCUAUAGAUCUUGAAGAGGCGAUAGAAGUAGCCCAGCCAGCCGUGGACUUGGAUCCGCUCGAUAGUCCGAGGAGACCAAGGCGACUUAAUACUCUUGCAAACCAGCUACACGAACGAUAUGGAAGAACCGGGAUUCUUGCAGAGCUCAACAGAGUUAUUGACAUAUGUCGUGGUAUCACCGAAGCUGCUGCUGAGGGCUCAUCCGAUCAAGCUCUCUUCAAGUCCAACUUUGCUGGUCAUCUUGGAGACCGCUACCUCAGGACAGGCAACACGAAUGACCUUGAUGAAGCAAUUCAACUCGGACAAGAGGCAUUGACCACCCUGCCACUAGGACACGCAGAUAUCUCAAGUCUUUCGAGCAACCUCUCCAUCUGGCUCGCUAAGCGGUACGUACGAAACCGAGAAACGAGUGAUGUUGAAGAGGCUAUCAAGAUGGGGCACCAAUCCAUUGCUGUCGCUCAACCAGGAAACCCCAGUCUAGCUCAGUACAUGAGCAAUCUCGCAGACUGUUAUUGGAAUCGCCACACCUUGAAUAACUGUAUGGAUGACUUUGAUGCUGCCGUAAAUCUCUAUCGGUCUGCUCUGGAUCACUCCAAUUCCAACAUCCAGACAGGAAUCGCUGCUGGAAAGGCUCUCUUUGAGACAUUUGCACACACUUCUCGUUGGCAGCAUGCUCUUUAUGCUUCUCAAGCAACCUUCGAUUUACUGCCUCAACUGACACCGAGGUCCCUCGGCUUCGCCGACAAGCAGCGUAUGUUGGGCCGAAUAGUAGACCUUGCUUGCGAUACCGCAGCAGUGGCACUUCACGCUGGCAAGGAACCCUUUUUUGCACUAAGCGUACUUGAAAGGGGUCGCGGAGUACUUGCUGCGGCAAUUCAACAGAUCCGCGUUGAUGUUCUCGACCUCGAAGAUGUCCACCCUGAACUGGCUAGACGAUUUCAGGAACUCAGUCAGGUGCUUGAUGCGCCAAUUCGGAGUGUCGACUCGGCUUCAGCACAGGCAAUCGCAAAUCGCCGAGGCGAGGCAAGCACCGAAUUAGAGAGCCUCAUUAUUGAGAUUCGCAAACAUCCGGGAUUCAGUGACUUCCUGGAAUCACCAAGUGAGGAUGAAAUUCGAGCCGCAGCCAGUCUAGGACCUAUCAUAGUUAUCAACCUAAGCAAGUUUCGCUGCGACGCCAUCCUUGUCGAACAACAUCAAAUCAGGUCCUUACCGUUACCUAAUUUGACCAUGGACAAAAUGAAUGAGAAAGAGAGCCAAGGUUCAUUGACGAGCCCUUCCAUGCUGGAAUGGCUUUGGGAUGUAGUUGCUGGCCCUAUUCUGCAGGCCCUAGGUAUUUCGAACCACCGGUCAGGCGAUGACUGGCCUCACAUCUGGUGGAUCCCAACUGGUAGACUGAGUAGACUCCCUUUCCACGCCUUUGGACAUCAUUAUCCAGGAUCGACCGAAACAGUGCUGGAUAGAGUCAUCUCAUCGUACAGUUCAUCGAUUCAAGCACUUAUCAAUGGCCGAAAGCUUCGCUCAGAUCCCACCCAGGACAAAGCUGUUUUAGUAACUAUGGAAGAUACUACUGAACAAAUCAAGCUUCCCUUCGUCAAAGAAGAGGUAUCGGGUAUUGCCAAGCUCUGCAAGUCAAUGAACCUCCAGUCUUGCGUUGCUGACCAGCACAAACAAGCGAUUUUGGACGAACUUCAAAAUUGCAAGAUCUUUCACUUUGCUGGCCAUGGUAAGACGGAUGGCAAUCCUUCUCAAAGUGGGCUGCUUCUCAGUGAUGGCUUAUUGAAAGUACCUGAACUUAUGGACAUCAAUCUUCGGGAAAACGCACCAUUCUUGGCAUAUCUUUCAGCUUGCGGGACAGGUCAGAUUGGAGGGAACGCUUUCUUUGACGAGAGCAUCCACCUCAUCAGCGCAUGCCAAUUAGCGGGAUUUCGGCAUGUAGUCGGUACACUCUGGGAAGUCAGCGAUAAGUCAUGUGUUGAGAUAUCACAGAAUGUGUAUGAGUCGAUAAGGGAUGAAGGGUUCUCAGACGGAUCUGUUUGCUGGGGUCUGCACAAAGCUAUGAGGCGGCUCCGAGAUACGUGGUUAAGUACACUAGAGCACCGCCAGGGCCAGAUAGAUUACAUUGGAGGUGACGGGACAUGGUCCAGAGACACCUUAUCUUAUAAUAAGCAUCGUGUUUAA